GCGUCACUGCAGCUACAUAAGACUCCCAACUUCGCCCGCCCGCGCCACCCGCCGGCGGUGCUCCUUGGGCGCCAUGUUUGCCGUCAAGCGGAACGCCGUUAUCGGCUUCAACCUCUACUGCGGCGGAGGAGGCCCGGGCCUGGUGCCCGCUUCACCAGCAGGAGGCCAAGCCCCGCCGCCCGCCACCGCCACAGCCGCUCCGGCCGCCACCACCACCACCGCCGCUGAGGUACCGCGGCCGCUGAUUGGCUCCGCGGGGCCGUGGGCUUCCGCCGUCCGCGCCGAGUCAUCCCGCGCUCCCAUUGGUUCCGCCGGGGCUCGCCGGGCGCCGCCGGACUCCGCGUCUCGUCCCGUCGCUCUGUGGAGCCCCGAGGAGGAGUUGGACGGCUGCGAGCCCGAGUCCGAGCGCGGCCCCGGCGGCGAUUCGUUGCCCAGCACGCCGCCCGAGCUGCCCGACGAGCUGCCCGACGAGCUGCGGCGGGAAUCCCUGGAGCUCAUCCUCCGGUACCUCCAGGAGGCGGCGGGCGAGGCCGAGCCCGGUGUCAAAAAGCUUUUUCCGGGGCUCCUAGGAGGCCCCGGGCGGCCCGGCGGAGCGGGAGGCGCCGUCAUGGAGAAAGCGCUGGAAACGCUGCGGAGGGUCGGGGACGGCGUGAUGCAGAAGCACGAGUUGGCCUUCCAGGGAAUGCUUCGUAAGCUGGAAAUCAAAAAAGAAGAAGAUCUGCAGUCUGUGUGUGAGGUGGCUGCACGCGUUUUCAGUGAUGGAGUAACAAACUGGGGCCGAGUGGUCACGCUCAUCUCAUUUGGUGCCUUUGUUGCAAAACACCUGAAAAGCAUCAACCAAGAGAAAUGCAUCGGCUCGCUGGCAGGGAUCAUCACGGACGCGCUGGUCUCGUCCAAACGCGAGUGGCUGAUGAGCCAGGGAGGCUGGGAGGGCUUUGUCGACUUCUUCCGAGUUGAGGACCUGGAAGGCAGCAUCAGGAACGUGCUGAUGGCCUUCGCAGGAGUGGCCGGCCUGGGGGCGAGCUUGGCCUACAUGAUCCGAAGGUGGAGGAGUUGACUGAUACUCUGCUUCGUUCAAGAGCGUGAGGAGAGAAAGUCAAAAUGGACAGCUUCAGUUUUAUCCCGGAGGAAACGGAUCUGCUUAGUGAGCCGGUGAGCAGCAGCAGCAGCUCCUGUCUGGACUGAUCCUCGUGGCUUUGGUGUGGCAGCUGUGUUGCAGAGCCCAUGCUUCAGAGUUGUGGUUGUGGGUUUUUGGAAAUGGCGUCUUUCAGCUGCCGCGCUCUCUGCCUAAACUCGCGGCUCAGCUGUCCGAGCUUUAGGCAGCGGUGCUGUGCAAGACUGAGGUGUGCCAGGACGCCGUCUGUCCCCUGCCUUCCAGCAGGGUUUGCUCAGGCCGCGGGCGGCCCCGUGAGCAGUCCUGCAGCUUGAGCUGGCGCUGUGUGGUAACCGCAGCCAGCUGCAGCCCGGCCAGGCCGGCCUGUCUGACUGCUCUCAGCGCACCGCCACGCCGGCAGUUUAAAAACAGGGAGUACACUUGUAAGUAUGUAAAAACCCCACAUCAGGCGGGGAGGCUGUAGGGAACCUGUAAAUGGAUAAAUCUGUAGAAUAUAGAGAUUUUUACAGACCUAACAACACGAAAGCAAAGGUUGAAUGUGGUGGAGCUGCUUAGGGUUGUGCUGUACUUCCACCCCUGGGUGGAGCAACGUUUUGGGGCGAAGCCUUCUGCCGUGGCUUCGAGCAAACCUUUCUCUGUCCUCGACCAGAAGUGCCAGGGGUUGUAGCGAGGAUCAGGGGCUUGCUGCACUCACUGCCCGCUGCCUGCUGGCAACAGCUGACAUUUCUGUUUAUUUUAAUGUUUUUGGUUUUUCCAAGCUCUUCUGGCAGAUUGGGGGGAUUGUGGAAGUUGGUAUCAGUUACUUCCUUCUCUCUUUAGUUCUGACUCUGUAAGCAGCGAGCACAGCAAAGCUGAUAUUUGAAUGUAAGUGUUCUGCAGCUGUGUACAACUCGGUGUCUCGGUUCUGCGGCUCGUGCCAGCCCCAGGCACUGCACCCGGCCCUGGCUCCUCGUGGGCCUUGGGCCGCGCUGUGGAUUGGUUGGGGCUGGGCACUGCCCUGCAGAACGGGGCUGAGCGGGGUGAGGAACCCGCCAGACUGCAGCCCGAGCAAUGCCCAGGGGAAAGAAAGCUAAAGCCAGGGCUGUUGUCUGGCGUGCCUGGGUGCUGGGGGAGCACUUAGUUUUGUUUAGUUUUGUCAAUAAAUGUCUUUGUUUCUCA